AUGGAUCGGCCCCCGACGUGCGCUCCGGCGUUGAGGUUCCGACGGUACGAACAUGACGUCGAAGAUGAAGACGCGGCAAGCGAGGUCGCGUCCGGUGGUGGUGACGACGAUGCCGCUUCUUCCGUCGCUGGCGGGGGUCAUCAGCCCAGGAACCGCGAACCGUCCGCGGCCAGGUUGAGGAUGCCGGAACCAAACGCCACCCUCCUCCUGCCGCACCGUCGCCGUUGCGACCCACCAGCCUUUCGCCGGCGAAACCCAAACGGUGAAUAUGCCACCGUGCUGCGUGGGCUUCGGCGUUAUCUGGAUCAGCAAGCCAUGCGGAAAAGUGAUGUCCAGCUCAGGCUCGAGUUGGUGCAGGAUAUGGUUCGCGAGGUUCUCGUGUUGUACGAUCUCCCCGACGGGAAACGGCCAAGGGGGAACGUUUAUGAUGCGAUAAUCACGCUUCAGCAGAAUGAAAACUACUUGGGGGUUUGGAAGGCGAUGGACAGUGAUGCGAGGAGAAAAGAUUGGAUUGAGCAUGUGUUAGGUCUACAUAAAUGUAGCAGUUGA